AUGCUGCUCAAGGCAACGGCCAGGGCCCUCCGUCUCACAUGCCCCCCGCCCCCGCGUCCCCCUGUGAUCAUUCCCCAGAAUACCAAUCCGAUCCCGACCGCCAUGUCCCCCAUGUCCGGAAGCAAUAUGAUGUCUCCUACAAGCGCUGGAGGCUACGUGCGCCGAGCCGCCCCCGAACCAAACAAGAGAGCUCUCUACGUGGGCGGACUGGAUCCAAGGGUGACUGAGGACAUCUUGAAGCAAAUCUUUGAAACCACAGGCCACGUGCUCAGCGUGAAGAUCAUUCCGGACAAGAAUGGCCAAUUCACCACCAAGGGCCACAACUAUGGUUUCGUGGAGUUUGACGACCCCGGUGCCGCUGAGAGAGCCAUGCAGACCCUGAACGGCCGCCGGAUUCACCAAUCGGAAAUCCGCGUCAACUGGGCCUACCAAUCCAACAGCACCAACAAGGAGGAUACCUCUAACCACUUCCACAUCUUCGUCGGCGACUUGAGCAAUGAAGUCAACGACGAGGUACUGUCACAGGCCUUCUCUGCUUUCGGUUCAGUAUCGGAAGCCCGUGUGAUGUGGGACAUGAAGACUGGUCGCUCCCGUGGAUACGGAUUUGUCGCUUUCCGCGAUCGCGCUGAGGCUGACAAGGCUCUCACUUCGAUGGACGGUGAAUGGCUCGGCUCUCGUGCCAUCCGCUGCAACUGGGCCAACCAGAAGGGUCAGCCUUCGAUCUCUCAGCAGCAGGCUAUGGCUGCCAUGGGCAUGACUCCCACCACUCCUUUCGGUCACCACCACUUCCCUACUCACGGCAUCCAGAGCUACGACAUGGUGGCUCAGCAGACUCCCCAGUGGCAGACUACCUGCUAUGUCGGCAACCUCACUCCUUAUACUUCCCAAAACGACUUGGUUCCGCUCUUCCAGAACUUCGGUUAUGUUCUUGAGACUCGUCUCCAGGCUGACCGUGGCUUUGCAUUCGUGAAGAUGGAUUCGCAUGAGAACGCUGCCUCUGCAAUCUGCCAGCUGAACGGCUAUAAUGUCAACGGUCGUCCGUUGAAAUGCAGCUGGGGCAAGGAUCGCCCUCCGACCGGCCAGUACGACACCUUCUCUCCCCAGCAAGCCAACGCCGGGUUCAACAACAGCCCUGCUGGAUUCUUCCCCCAGUACGGUGGUCCUCCGAACCCUAUGAACCAAGGUCCUGCCCCUGCUGGUCGAGGCUGGGACCAACAAGCCAACAACUUCACCGGUCCCGCCAUGCCUGGUCAGGGUUAUCCCCAGGCAGGUAACGCCGGAGGCUACGGUCGUGGCCAGCCCAUGUCCCCCUCUGGCAACUGGGACCAGUCCAACAACAACUUCAACGGAGGCUACCAGGCGUAG